GAGGCGCGUAGUUGGGACGCCGGACUUACAGGAUACAGCUAAACAGAUUGUGUUGGUGUCGUGUUCGAAUGUGUUGGAGAUAAACGUAUGCGGUGUUUGUCUUAGGGGAAGAGUAACACUAUCAUAAACUCAGAACAGUUUACUCAAUAUGGCUGAAAAGAUUGAAGAUCUUAAUUUGCCGAAUGCAGUUGUAGCCAGAAUUGUUAAAGACUGUUUGCCUGGUGGUAUAAAUGUGUCGAAAGAAUCUAGAACUGCAAUUGCAAAAGCAGCUUCAGUGUUUGUACUGUACAUAACAUCAGCAGCAAACAUGAUAGCAAUGAAAAAUAACAAGAAAACGAUUAGUGGCAGCGAUGUUAUAAAUGCUAUGCAUGAUACAGAAUUCGUUGACUUCAUAGAACCUUUAGAAGAAGCUUUGGAAAAUUUCAAGAAAUUCCAGAAGGAAAAGAAAGAUGCAACCGCGAAACGUAAACAACUGAUAAUGAUGCUGAAAGAAAACGCCGAACAGGGUAGUACAGAAAAUGGCACAGAAAAGGAAGUGAUGGAAAUUGAUGAGGAGGAUGAUUGAAAUUGUUGGUGACUUUGAAUUCGUUUUACACAUAUUGUAUAUAUGUUUUCUAUUGUAAUCAAACUUUUCCCAAUAAAAUAUAAUUUAUUACCCA